AUGGCGGGAAGAGCGACAUUUACUGUAUCUUCAUCUGCUUCCUUCUGCGUCCCGUAUUCUACUAGUUCAGCUUCAUCGCUCUCACUAUCUUUCUCGAAUCGAUCGGCGCUCCCUGUGCGGGUUUCUCCUCGAACCAACAGAUUUCCCGGGAUUUGCUGCUCUUUGUCUGCCAAUGACAUCAAAGCCGGAACCAACAUCGAAGUCGAUGGUGCUCCUUGGCGUGUGCUCGGUACAGUCGAGGAAGCAAAUGUAUUCAAAGAAACCAAACAAUUCACAUACAAAGAAGGGUCUCAGUUUGUUUUCAUGGACUUGAGCACUUACGAAGAAACGCGUCUUAACGAAUCAGAUAUGGGUGAGAAGACGAGAUGGCUGAAAGAAGGCAUGGAAUGCAGUUUGCUGUAUUGGAAAGACAAGGUUAUCGAUUUCGAACUGCCAAAUACGGUUAAGCUGAAAGUGGUUGAUGUUGAUCCUGGCCUUCGCGGUGACACUGCGCAAGGUGGAUCAAAGCCUGCGACGGUGGAAACGGGGGCAGUAGUUACCGUUCCCCUCUUUGUGAACGUAGGUGAAGAGAUAUUGGUGGAUACUAGAACUGAGCUUAGAAAACCUUCAUGGCAUUUGCGCAAUUCAGCAGCAUCGAAUGUUUCCUUAAAAUCGGGAAACAACAAGAGCUUCUCCUCCUCGUCAUCGGAUUGCCAAUUGCCAGAAUUCUCCAGAUCAGCUGUCGUUUUAGUCAGUUUUCUCCUCAUUAACUCCGUCGGUACAGAAUCCCUCACCAGUCUGGUGAACUCUCGUGAAGCUUUACCAGCGAUUCUGUAUCGAUUUACUUUUGAUGAUGUUGAGCUUGAUUUCUCUGAUGUCUUUGGCCCGCUCCCUGAAGAGGCCAGUGAUGUUGUUUUCGACGAGCCUGCUGUUGUCUACAGUCGAUCCCACUCUUUGGUCGGCCCGUCUUCCGUCGGUAGUCAUUCUUUCAAGCUGAACAAGCUCACCUUACGAGAUACUGAGGACUCGGUCGACUUGGUUGAAUCGUUGAUAGAAAAUGAUGAAUUCUCUGGUAAUGACGACACAGACAGUGACAAAGCUCCGGAGGGAGAUCUGGUGAAAGUCUCAGGUGUAGUAGGACUUGAGGAUUUUGAGGUUAUGAAGGUUGUGGGAAAAGGUGCGUUUGGGAAAGUGUACCAGGUGAGGAAGAAGGAGACAUCUGAGAUAUACGCCAUGAAGGUCAUGAGGAAAGACAAGAUCAUGGAGAAGAACCAUGCCGAAUACAUGAAAGCUGAGCGCGACAUUCUUACCAAGAUUGAUCAUCCUUUUAUUGUUCAGCUUAAAUACUCUUUUCAGACCAAGUACAGGCUGUAUCUUGUGCUCGACUUUAUAAACGGUGGUCAUCUUUUCUUCCAGCUCUAUCACCAAGGCCUUUUCAGAGAGGAGUUGGCUCGUGUGUACACUGCGGAGAUCAUCUCUGCGGUUUCCCAUCUCCAUGAGAAAGGCAUAAUGCACAGAGAUCUCAAACCCGAAAACAUUCUCAUGGACGUCGAUGGCCACGUGAUGCUAACUGAUUUUGGUUUAGCAAAGGAAUUUGAAGGAAACACAAGAUCAAACUCAAUGUGUGGGACUACAGAGUAUAUGGCACCUGAAAUCGUUCGUGGGAAAGGGCAUGAUAAGGCUGCUGACUGGUGGAGCGUUGGGAUUCUUCUGUAUGAGAUGCUCACUGGGAAGCCACCCUUUAUGGGAAGCAGAGGGAAGAUAGAGCAGAAAAUUGUAAAGGACAAGAUCAAGCUUCCGCAGUUUUUGUCUAGUGAAGCUCAUGCCUUGCUGAAAGGGCUGCUGCAAAAAGAGCCAGAAAGGCGACUUGGAAGUGGACCGAGCGGAGCAGAGGAGAUCAAAAAGCACAAAUGGUUCAAUGGAAUGAACUGGAAAAAGCUGGAGGCUAGAGAAGUGAUGCCAAGUUUCAAGCCGGAGAUAUCGGGAAGACAAUGCAUUGCAAAUUUCGACAAGUGUUGGACUGAGAUGUCUGUGUUGGAUUCUCCGGCAAGCAGUCCGAGCUCGGAUCCUAAAGCCAACCCUUUCACCAACUUCACGUACAGCUUAGAGCACUUUGAUGGCAUUCGCGCACUUGUGCAGCAUCCACUGUUUCCUUCAAAUAGGGAAACAACAAGAGCUUCUCCUCCUACUAGACUUUGGUUUGCCUGUUCCCAGUUUCAUUGUUCAUUAACUCCAUUGGUAGGAGACUCUCACCAAUCUGGUGAAGGCUUUCUCUCUGAUUCUUUUGGCGAAAACAUGGUUUCCUCUGAGUGUCCUGUUGCUGCCAACAAAAACCUGACGGGGAAGCCGUUGCAGAAACAGCUGUAUUUAACAAUCACACCUCCACAUGCUGUCUUGAGAGAUGAUGUUGAACUUGAAUUCUCUGAUGUAUUUGGUCCACUCCCUGAGGCUAAUCAUAACUCUGGAGAGGCCAGUGAUGCUGUCUACGACGAGCCUGCUGUUAUCUACAGUCGAUCCCACUCGCUGGUUGGCCCGUCUUCCAUCGGUGGUCACUCUUUCAAGAUGAACAAGCUCACCUUACGUGACACCGAGGACUCGAUCGACUUAAUUGAAUCGUUGAAAGAAAGCGAUGAACUUUCUGGUAAUGACGACACCGACAGCGAGAAAGUCCCCGAGGGAGAUACGGCGGAGGUCUUAGGUGUAGUUGGCAUUGAGGAUUUUGAGGUUUUGAAGGUUGUUGGGCAAGGUGCGUUUGGGAAAGUGUACCAGGUGAGGAAGAAGGAGACGUCUGAGAUCUACGCGAUGAAGGUCAUGAGAAAAGAUAGAAUUAUGGAGAAGAACCAUGCGGAAUACAUGAAAGCCGAGCGCGAUAUUCUUACCAAAAUUGACCAUCCAUUCAUCGUUCAGCUUAAAUACUCCUUUCAGACUAAGUAUAGACUGUAUCUUGUGCUGGACUUUAUAAACGGAGGGCAUCUUUUCUUCCAGCUCUAUCACCAAGGCCUUUUCAGAGAAGACUUGGCUCGUGUGUACACUGCUGAGAUCGUCUCUGCAGUUUCCCAUCUCCAUGAGAAAGGCAUAAUGCAUAGAGAUCUCAAGCCCGAAAACAUUCUCAUGGACGUGGAUGGCCACGUGAUGCUGACAGACUUUGGUUUAGCGAAGGAGUUUGAAGAAAACAAAAGAUCAAACUCUAUGUGCGGGACUGUAGAGUAUAUGGCACCUGAAAUCGUUCGUGGGAAAGGACAUGAUAAAGCUGCUGAUUGGUGGAGCGUUGGGAUUCUUCUGUAUGAGAUGCUCACUGGGAAGCCACCGUUUCUAGGGAGCAAAGUAAAGAUACAGCAGAAAAUAGUGAAGGACAAGAUCAAACUUCCACAGUUUCUGUCUACAGAAGCUCAUGCGUUGCUGAAAGGGCUGCUGCAAAAAGAGCCAGAGAGACGACUUGGAAGUGGACCGAGAGGAGCAGAGGAGAUUAAAGAUCACAAAUGGUUCAAGGGAAUGAACUGGAAGAAGCUGGAGGCUAGAGAAGUGAUGCCAAGUUUCAAGCCGGAGGUAUCGGGAAGGCAAUGCAUAGCAAAUUUCGACAAGUGUUGGACUGAAAUGUCUUUGGUGGAUUCUCCGGUAAGCAGUCCGAGCUCGGAUUCUAAGGCCAACCCUUUCACCAACUUCACAUACGUCAGGCCUCCUCCUUCAUUCCUCCAACAAUCCACAUCGACUUUGUAG